CCCUCACACUUGCGAUGCACGUUGCACGUCUCCGCGCCUUCAAGAGAGGUGGACUAGUGCAGGGUAGCAAACUUUCCACUGUGGCUUCUUUUGGUCGCGGCAUGGACAUGGAGGACCCGCGCCCGCUGGCCCCCCCAGCGUGGACGCGGUCGCCCUACCUAUUGGGGUGGGGACCUUCAGCUCUAUUGAGACGCUGUGAAUGACGGGAAGCACCGAAUCAGCAGCCCGCCUCAAUCAACUGAACCACCAACCCGUCCCGACAUCCAUCGUCGCGGAGCCCUUCGUUUCGUCGCAGCCAGGGGCAUUUCGCAUCGGAGCAUCCGCUUUCUGCUUCCCUAGCAGCAUGGGCUUGUCGAAAAGCGUCGGAUGAGAUUGAGCCAUCGCGCCCGCAGCGCCUCGUCCUGUCGCCAACCCGCAUCUCUCUGCCUGCACACACGAUGGCCCAAUCCGGACCAGGCCCUGUUGCGCCUGAGCCGCCGCGUUCGUCCCGCGGCUCCCUCUCCUCCGUGUCGACCACGAGCCUCGUAUUCGACCGCCUGCACGAUGAGAUGGAAAAGGGCCCCGAAGCGCGAAAGUCCAACGGCAAGCAUCGCCUCAAUGCUGACCGGGACAAGGAAGAGGCCGCCGAGCUGGAGGACGACCCGUACGCCGUCGAGUCGGGCCCCUUUCUGGGCACGUCAGGCGCUCCAUUGCAGCAGCGCAAGCCGAUGGACCGCAGCCUGCGCAAGAUACUCUGGAUCGUGGGCGUCGUCUUUGUCGGCGGCUGGUUCGCCGCCCUCGGCGUCUUCCUCGUGUCCGGGUCCUAUAAGCACGCCAGCGACUCUGACCACGACCCCGACGCCAGCAGCCGCGGCUCCGGCAAGGCCGUGACCUUGGAUCAGGUCGUCACGGGCUUCUGGUCGCCCAAUUCGCAAUCCAUAAGCUGGAUCGCAGACCCCGACGGCCAGGACGGGCUCCUGCUGGAACAGGGGGCCCCCGACAAGGACUACCUCGUCGUCGAGGACGUCCGGACCUUGGCCCAAGAUGCGCUGCCCAGAGACGCCGCCGCCGCCGCGCCGCCCAACUCAAUGACCUUGAUGAAGACGGCGUACUUUGAGUACAAAGGCAAGCCGCGCAGGCCGGGGUGGGUGAAGCCGAGCCCAGACCUCACAAAGGUCCUCAUCGGCGUCGACCGGGAGAAGAACUGGCGACACUCCUUCACGGCCUCGUACUACAUCUUGGACGUCGCCUCCGGCAAUGUGGAAGCGCUGCAUCCCGACAGGGCAGACGCAAAGGUGCAGCUCGCGACCUGGAGCCCGCGAAGCGACGCCGUCUCCUUUACCCUCGACAACAAUCUGUACAUUCGACGCAUCAACGACAAGAAGGAGGUCGUUCAAAUCACCAAGGAUGGUGGUCCCGAGUAUUUCUAUGGUAUCCCUGACUGGGUGUACGAGGAAGAGGUCUUUGGCGCGCGCGACGCUACGUGGUGGUCCGAGGACGGCAAGUAUAUCUCGUUCCUCCGCACCAACGAGACCGGCGUCAAGGAGUUCCCGAUCCAGUACUUUGUCUCGCGCCCCAGCGGCAAGCAGCCGCCAAAGGGAGAGGAGGCGUACCCCGAGGUGCGAAAAAUCAAGUACCCCAAGCCUGGUUCUCACAACCCCGUCGUCGACCUGCAGUUUUACGACGUCGCCAAGGCCGAGGUCUUCUCCGCAUCCGUCGACUCUGACUUUUCAGACGACAAUCGCAUCGUCAACAACGUGCUGUGGGCAGGCGACAACGUCAUUGUCAAGGAGACGAACCGCGUCGGCGAUCACCUCAAGGUGAUCCUCGUCGACGUCCGGACCCGCUCGGCCAAGACGAUCAACGACAUCAACAUUGCGGACAUUGACGGCGGUUGGUUUGAGAUAUCGCACAAGAUGACCUACAUCCCCGCCGACCCUGCCAACGGGCGGCAGCACGACGGUUACGUGGACACCAUCAUCCACGAGAACUUUGAGCACCUGGCGUACUAUACGCCCGUGGACAACCCCAAGCCCAUCCUCCUGACAAAGGGCGACUGGGAGGUCGAGAGCGCGCCGUCGGCCGUCGAUCUCAAAAACAACCUCGUGUACUUUGUCGCCACCAAGGAGUCGUCGAUCCAGCGGCACGUAUACGUGGUCAAGCUGGACGGCUCGGGCCUGAAGCCGCUGACGGACACAUCCGCCGAGGGAUACUAUGCGGCGUCGUUUUCGUCGGGCGCCGGCUACGCGCUCCUCACGUACCAUGGACCCAAGAUCCCCUAUCAAAAGGUCAUCUCGACGCCCUCGAACCCCGUCAAGUACGAGCGCGUCAUCGAGGACAACCGCGAUUUGGCCGACAGCGCCAAGAAGCACGCGCUGCCCGUGCUCAAGUACGGCAAGCUCAAGGUGGCCGAGGGCGUCGAGGUCAACUACGUGGAGCGCCGGCCGCCGCACUUCAACCCCAAGAAGAAGUACCCGGUCCUCUUCCAGCAGUACUCGGGCCCCAACUCCCAGACGGUGACCAAGAAGUUCGCCGUCGACUUCCAGUCCUACGCGGCCUCCAACCUCGGCUACCUGGUCGUCACGGUCGACCCGCGCGGCACCGGCGGCCUCGGGCGCAAGCACCGCGUCGCCGUCCGCUCGCGGCUCGGCGCGCUCGAGUCGCACGACCACAUCGCCGCCGCCCGCCACUUCGCCUCCCUCGACUACGUCGACGCGGACCGCCUCGCCCUCUGGGGCUGGUCCUACGGCGGCUUCACCACGCUCAAGACGCUCGAGCAGGACGCCGGCCGCACCUUUUCGUACGGCAUGGCCGUCGCCCCCGUCACCGACUGGCUCUUCUACGACAGCGUCUACACGGAGCGCUACAUGCGCCUCCCCGCCGACAACGCCGACGGCUACCGCGCCUCCAGCGUCGCCAACGCCACCGCCCUCGGCCAGAACAAGCGCUUCCUCGUCAUGCACGGCUCCUCCGACGACAACGUCCACUUCCAAAACUCCCUCACCCUGCUCGACGCCCUCGACCUCGCCGGCGUCGAAAACUACGACGUCCACGUCUUUCCCGACAGCGACCACGGCAUCUUUUUCCACCACGCCAACCACGUCGUCUUUGACAAGCUCAGCAACUGGCUCGUCAACGCCUUCAACGGCGAGUGGCUCAAGGUCGCGCACGCGAAGCCCAAGGACGAAAAGAAGCGGCGUAAGCGCCAGCUCGGCGGGGCUGGAGACGGCCAGUUGACCGUGUCAGAGGACACGGCAUAAAAGUCCAUUAACCCCGACAUCAUGCACAUAGGAUAUGAUUUACCAACAUCAAUCCUACAUGCAUAGGAUGUCGCUCUACUGUGGGGAUUGACACGGCGCUUAUAGGGAUCCAUCUCUCUCUCAUUAUGCAUAUACAUCUGCAGAGGCACGGCACAGUGCUUGUAAAGCGUUAUUGAACAAUCAAAUCAAG